UUGAUCUUGAGGCCGAUGAUUAUGAGCCCUCAUCCGGUUUUGAGUCCUUUGUUUUGGACCUAAAAAUGUGCUUCGGCGUCUUACGCUUCCGGUCAUGCGCCGAUGAUGAAUGUAGAUAUCCACGGGCGAGAUACUUCAUUGAGGUUCCGGUAACGCCUCUAAGUAGCGCAGAUGCUUCAUUGGAAGUGAAGACUUUUGAUCGCAUUUGUUUUGCCUCCGACUAG